GAACAAGAAGAAAGAACAAACAAACCAAGCAAAACCAGCAUUUCACCUUCAACCUCUGUUUGAUUGCCGAGAAAAAUCCGUCUAAAAAAAAAAACCCCAACUCAACUUUCUCGGCAACCAAACAGAAAACAAUCACUGUUGACGAAAAGCAAUGAACUACCGUUUCCAAAACCUACUUGGAGCUCCAUACAGAGGAGGCAACGUAGUGAUCAGCAACAACACUUUGCUAAUCUCACCGGUCGGUAACCGCGUGAGCGUCACCGACCUCAUCAAGUCCCAAACCCUAACCCUCCCAAUCCAGUCCUCCGCCGACAUCUCCCGCCUCGCCGCCUCUCCCGACGGCGUCUUCCUCAUCACCGUCGACAACAACCGCCGCUGCCUCUUCAUCAACCUCCGCCGCCACGUCAUCCUCCACCGCAUUUCCUUCAAGAGCGCCGUCACCGCCCUCCAGUUCAGCCCCGACGGGUCCCGCAUCGCCGUCGCCGUCGGCAAGCUCGUCCAGAUAUGGCGGUCGCCGGGGUUCAGGAAGGAGUUCUUCCCCUUCGAGCUAGUCAGGACCUUCGCCGACUUCGACGACAAGGUCACGGCGCUGAAUUGGAGCCCCGACUCGAACUACCUCGUCGCCGGGUCGAAGGACUUCACGGCGAGACUCUUCUCCGUUAACCUAAUCGCCAAAACGAAGCCGUUUUUGUUUUUGGGGCAUAGGGACACCGUAGUCGGUGCGUUUUUUGGUAUUGAUAAGAACACUAAAAGAGUAGAUAGGGUUUAUACAGUUACUAGGGAUUGUUACUUGUUUAACUGGGAAUGGCAAGAUGGUAAAUUGGAUGAAACCGAAGGAGUGGAUAUGGAAACUGAUGGCAAAGAUGGUAAUUUGGAGGAAAAUGGUGGGUAUUUGGUUGGAGGGAAAUGGAGGUUGUUGAGGAAGGAUUGUUUUAAUCAGGCUCCGGCGAAGUUGACAGCGUGUGAUUAUCAUGCCGGGCUUGAUAUGUUGGUGGUCGGGUUUUCGAAUGGGGUUUUCGGGUUGUAUAGGACUGUGCCUGAUUUUGUUUGCAUUCACUUGUUGUCGAUUUCAAGAGAGAAGAUUACUACGGCUGUGUUUAAUGAGGCCGGGAAUUGGUUGACAUUCGGGUGCGCGAAGCUUGGGCAGUUGCUUGUGUGGGAGUGGAGGUCAGAGAGUUAUGUGGUGAAGCAGCAGGGGCAUUACUUUGAUGUCAAUUGUGUGGCUUACUCGCCUGAUUCACAGCUCGUGGCUACUGGAGCCGAUGAUAAUAAAGUCAAGGUCUGGACUGUUUCAUCAGGCUUCUGCUUUGUAACAUUCUCAGAGCACACUAAUGCAGUCACUGCUCUCCAUUUUAUGGCUAGUAACCAUUGUCUCUUAAGUGCAUCUCUAGAUGGGACUGUCCGUGCAUGGGAUUUGUUCCGUUAUCGAAAUUUUAGGACAUUUACUACCCCUUCAACUAGGCAAUUUGUUUCUUUGGCGGCUGAUCAAAGCGGUGAAGUGAUUUGUGCUGGAACUCUAGAUUCAUUUGAGAUCUUUGUUUGGUCAAUGAAGACUGGCCGUUUGUUGGAUGUGCUUAGUGGUCAUGAAGGUCCUGUUCAUGGGUUGAUGUUUUCUCCUACAAAUGCAAUCUUAGCUUCUUCAUCAUGGGACAGAACUGUUCGGUUGUGGGAUGUUUUUGAAGGGAAAGGUGCUGUUGAGACAUUUCCUCAUACACAUGAGGUUCUUACAUUGGUUUAUCGUCCAGAUGGAAGGCAAUUGGCUUCCAGCACAUUAGAUGGGCAGAUUCAUUUCUGGGACCCAAUUGAUGGCGUGUUAAUGUACACCAUUGAGGGCCGUAGGGAUAUUGCUGGUGGCCGUCUCAUGACUGAUCGUAGAUCUGCUGCUAACUCGAGUUCAGGAAAGUGCUUCACAACUUUAUGCUAUUCUGCUGAUGGGAGUUACAUUUUAGCAGCAGGGACUAGCAAAUAUAUCUGUAUGUAUGAUGUUGCAGAUCAGGUAUUGCUGCGUCGAUUUCAAAUAACCCAUAAUCUUUCUCUUGAUGGAGUUCUUGACUUCUUAAACUCAAAGAAUAUGACGGAAGCUGGCCCUAUGGAUCUAAUUGAUGAUGAUAACAGUGACACAGAAGAAGGUGUUGAUAAACAAUCCCGAGCAAAGUUAGGUUAUGAUUUACCAGGAUCAUUGCCUAACCGUGGAAGGCCUGUUAUUCGUACAAAGUGCCUCAGAAUUGCACCCACUGGGCGGAGCUUUGCAGCAGCAACAACAGAGGGGGUGUUGGUAUAUUCAAUUGACGAAUCCUUUAUCUUUGAUCCCACAGACCUUGACAUAGAUGUUACACCAGAGGCAGUUGACACAGCACUAAAUGAAGAUCAACAAAACAGAGCUUUGAUUCUUAGCCUUCGUUUAAAUGAGGAUUCUCUGAUAAAAAAAUGCAUCUUUGCCAUCAGUCCAGUAGAUAUACCAGCUGUUGCUUCAUCAAUCCCUUACAGAUAUCUACAGAGAUUAAUAGAAGCAUUUGCAGAUCUUCUAGAAAGCUGCCCGCAUUUGGAGUUCAUACUUAGAUGGUGUCAGGAGCUCUGCAAAGCUCAUGGCAACUCUAUUCAACAGAAUUCCAGAAAUCUGCUUCCUGCUUUAAAAUCGUUGCAGAAAGCAAUUACUAGAACACAUCAGGAUUUGGCAGAUACUUGUUCCUCCAAUGAAUAUAUGCUUCGAUAUUUAUGCUCUACAAGUGCCAAGAAAUGAAGAGGUGUAGUAACUUGUGGGCACUUCAGCAAGGUUUUGGAAAUAUUAUCCACACCCAUUGUUGUUCUACUGCAUUGUUGAUGGUUUAAUUCAUCUUCAGCAAAACCAUCCGGCUAGGCAUGGAAUUAUGCUGCAGCUUGUGAGAAGCUGGAAGAUAUCCAUGAAAGCAUGCCGUCGAGGAGUUGUCCAGUCUUCAUUGCAAAACCAUCCAUGCACCAAAUUUUGCUGUUCAAUACCAAAGUAUUUUUGGCAUCAGUUCAUGCUGUCUCUCUAAUUUGUUUAAACCAAUUUUGCUGUUAGAACAUUAGCCUCUGAGCAGAUAGGCAUCAGAAUAUGAUAGUAUCAAAGCCGAUACAUUAUAGUUUUGUUGUAUGCUCAAAAGGAAAUUUUGAUGGAAUCAAAAGUUUGUGCAUUUCUCAUUUUA